CCAAGUUACACUUUUGUGUCUCCGUUUUAGCUCCUAUCAAGAUGUCUUCAGGAAACGCAUUCAUUGGGAAACCAGCUCCUGAUUUCCAGGCUACAGCUGUCAUGCCGGAUGGGCAGUUCAAAGACAUCAAGCUUUCUGACUAUAAAGGAAAAUAUGUUGUGUUCUUCUUCUAUCCUCUGGACUUCACCUUUGUUUGUCCAACUGAGAUUAUUGCAUACAGUGAUAGGUCUGACGAGUUUAAGAAACUCAACUGUGAAGUCAUUGGAGCUUCUGUGGACUCUCACUUCUGCCACCUCGCAUGGGUCAACACUCCUAAGAAACAGGGCGGACUGGGCAACAUGAAAAUCCCACUUGUUUCUGAUACAAAACGCACCAUUGCUAAAGAGUAUGGCGUACUAAAAGAAGAUGAAGGCAUUGCUUACAGAGGUCUGUUUAUCAUUGAUGAUAAGGGAAUAUUGCGUCAGAUCACCAUCAAUGAUCUCCCUGUUGGCCGCUCAGUCGAUGAAACUCUCAGAUUAGUUCAAGCGUUCCAGUUUACAGAUAAACAUGGAGAAGUGUGUCCUGCUGGCUGGAAACCUGGGAGUGAAACCAUCAAGCCUGAUGUUCAGAAAAGCAAAGAGUUUUUCUCCAAGCAAAAGUAAACUUGCUGCGUGUGCGCUUCUGUGUUAAUCGGAGAAAACUAGUCUGCCUUUCACGUAAGAACAAAGUCAUCAAGCAAUUGAACGUUUGGACUUGGGUUAAAUUGCCAUAUCCGAGUCAAGGGAAGUCCUAUCAAACAGCUGUAGAUGUCGACCCAUCUUCUGUACUUGAGGGGAAAACUAGUCCUAUUGACCAGUAACUUUGUAUAGAAUCCUAAUAAUCUGUAUUUGUACCUCAUGUCCUAGUGACUGUAAUAUGACCAAUGGAGUAUAGAUGUCUGGUAUGGUGUUACACUUAAUACAGCUAAGUUUCCUGAUUUUCUGUAACUCCUAUUAAACUUGUAGGUUUAAAAGAAA